CUCACUCACACACUCACUCACACACACACAGUUUCCUCCUCCCCUGCCGCUGCUCCUCCUGCCUCGUCGCUCGUAUAAAAACCUUUGGACUACACAGCUGAAGGGAAAAAGCAUUAUUUGUUCCCCCCUCACUCUCUGUUUUGACAGGAUGAACAACAGUUUUUUAAACAUGGCGUCGAUAGGUGACUUCGACCCGCUCAACGCGUCUAUUCCUGCCACCAAAGUUGAAAUCACGGUGUCCUGCAGAAACCUGCUGGACAGGGACACCUUCUCCAAAUCAGACCCAAUUUGUGUUCUCUACACACAAGGCAUGGGCAACAAGGAGUGGAGAGAGUUUGGGAGAACAGAGGUGAUUGACAACACAUUAAACCCAGACUUUGUGCGAAAAUUCAUUUUGGACUACUUCUUUGAAGAGCGACAGAACCUACGAUUUGACUUGUAUGAUGUUGACUCCAAGAGUGCCAACCUGUCAAAACACGAUUUUCUGGGCCAGGCCCACUGUACUCUCGGAGAGGUGGUUGGAUCUUUGGGCAGUCGCUUGGAAAAAGCUCUAGGGGGGAUUCCUGGAAAGAAAUGUGGGACCAUUAUUGUGAAAGCAGAGGAGCUGAACAACUGCAGGGAAUCAGUGAUGAUGCAGUUCUGUGGGAACAAGUUGGACAAAAAGGAUUUCUUUGGCAAGUCUGACCCAUUCCUGGUCUUUUACAGGAGCAAUGAGGAUGGAACGUUCACCAUCUGUCACAAGACAGAGGUGGUGAAGAACACUUUGAACCCAGUGUGGCAGGCCUUUAAGAUCCCCGUGCGAGCUCUCUGCAAUGGUGACUAUGACAGGACAAUCAAGGUUGAGGUGUAUGACUGGGACAGAGAUGGCAGUCAUGACUUUAUCGGAGAGUUCAGCACCAGCUACAGAGAACUAUCGAGAGGGCAGAGCCAGUUCAACGUCUAUGAGGUGGUAAAUCCAAAGAAGAAAGGGAAGAAGAAAAAAUACCUGAACUCUGGAACGGUAACACUGCUGUCAUUCCUGGUGGACAUUGAAGUCACUUUCCUGGACUACAUCAAAGGAGGGACCCAGAUUAACUUCACCGUGGCCAUUGAUUUCACAGCUUCCAAUGGAAACCCAGCUCAGCCCACCUCACUCCACUACAUGAGUCCCUACCAGCUAAAUGCUUAUGCAAUGGCUCUGAAGGCAGUGGGAGAGAUCAUCCAGGACUACGACAGCGAUAAGAUGUUCCCCGCACUUGGCUUUGGCGCCAAGCUGCCACCGGACGGACGGGUGUCCCAUGAGUUUGCUUUGAAUGGGAAUCCUCAGAAUCCGUACUGCACAGGUAUCGAAGGUGUGAUGGAAGCCUACUAUCAGAGUCUGAAAUCAGUGCAGCUCUACGGCCCCACCAACUUCUCCCCUGUCAUCAACCAUGUGGCCAGGUAUGCAGCUUCAGUGAAGGAUGGCUCCCAGUACUUUGUGCUUCUCAUCAUCACAGAUGGCGUCAUCUCAGACAUGGCCCAGACCAAGGAGUCUAUUGUCAAUGCCUCCUGUCUGCCAAUGUCCAUCAUCAUUGUGGGGGUAGGACCUGCAGAAUUUGAUGCCAUGAUUGAGUUGGAUGGUGAUGAAGUCAGAAUUUCAUCCAGAGGAAGAUACGCCGAGAGAGACAUUGUUCAGUUUGUGCCAUUCAGAGACUACAUCGACCGAACAGGGAACCACAUCCUGAGCAUGGCCCGCCUCGCCAAAGACGUCUUGGCCGAGAUCCCCGAUCAGUUCCUCUCCUACAUGAGGACCCGUGGGAUAAAGCCAUCGCCUGCACCGCCUCCCUACACGCCACCGGGCCAACUGCUCCAAACCCAAAUAUGAGCUGCGAGGCACACAAGGGUUUCCGGAGUCAGGGUUUUAACUGAACUGACUUAGCGCUCUAAAUACUUCCAUUUCCUCAAAGCCACUCUCCAGGUCUGGUCCUUGUGGGUCACGGUGGUCUUUCUUGUGUCCAGGAAGCUGCAUGUCGAGGGCCAAGAGAGAGUGAUGCUUUCAAAGGCAGGAAAAGCCAAUGAGAGUCUGUUUACUUCCGCGACUGUCAAGCAUUCCUCUUGCUAUCUGAUUUUUUUUUUUAUUUGAAUUUUUUUUUAAAUGCCUGGGAAACUUCUUGAUCAGUGUUUGGAGGGAUUUUGGAAUGUGUGGAUUGAAGCUGGAAAUGAUCUCAACUGCCUGAUUGACUUAUUGAAGUAAGGGGGAAAAAUGAAGGAGAAAAA